AUGACGGAGGGAAUGAUUAAGACGAUCAGAAGGAAGGAGGACGAGGAGGUGUGCAAAAACAGCCGAAGGGACGAGGAGGUGUGCAAAAACAGCAGAAGGCACGAGGAGGCGUGCAAAAACAGCAGGGACGAGGAGGUGUGCAAAAACAGCAGGCACGAGGAGGUGUGCAAAAACAGCCGAAGGGACGAGGAGGUGUGCAAAAACAGCAGGGACGAGGAGGUGUGCAAAAACAGCCGAAGGGACGAGGAGGUGUGCAAAAACAGCCGAAGGGACGAGGAGGUGUGCAAAAACAGCAGGGACGAGGAGGUGUGCAAAAACAGCCGAAGGGACGAGGAGGUGUGCAAAAACAGCAGGGACGAGGAGGUGUGCAAAAACAGCAGAAGGGACGAGGAGGUGUGCAAAAACAGCAGAAGGCACGAGGAGGUGUGCAAAAACAGCAGGGACGAGGAGGUGUGCAAAAACAGCAGGCACGAGGAGGUGUGCAAAAACAGCCGAAGGGACGAGGAGGUGUGCAAAAAUAGCAGAAGGGACGAGGAGGUGUGCAAAAACAGCAGAAGGAACGAGGAGGUGUGCAAAAACAGCAGAAGGGACGAGGAGGUGUGUAAAAAUAGCAGAAGGGACGAGGAGGUGUGUAAAAACGGCAGAAGGGACGAGGAUGUGUGCAAAAACAGCAGAAGGAACGAGGGAAUGCGAAAAGAAAAAUGA